CCAGGCCUGGGGGGUGGGGGCGUACCUGGAUGUGCGUUGGGGGGGUCUGAACCCUUAGUUAGGACUGGGGGCCCUCCUUUGCACUUCCUUCAGUCCCUGGGGUCUGGGGCAUCCUAGCCAUGCGUGGGGCCUCCCUGCUGGGAUUGGAGACCCCCUGACAGCUGGGGCUAGUCCCAGCAUCUUCGCUUUUCCCCCAGGAGGACUCGGACGCAGGGUCUUCUCUCCUCCCUGUCACACAGAGGGUGGCACCCCCGAUGGGAACUCUGAUUUAUCACCAAACCAAAAGAUGGGGAAACUGACAAGAGGCUGCAAGCAGCUAUGGCAGGGCGGUGUGUGGAAGCAGAUGGGAUGGGCAGAUGGAGGCGGGGGCCAGCAUUGCUGCCUUCUUGCCCCUCCCAGAGGACCCCAGGCCCCCAGCUCGGGCGCCCCACCCAGACUGGUAACACCUGCGUCUGCUGUUUGGCACCGGGAGAUGAAUCACUUGCUUUUCAAAUUAGAAUCUUCCUUGAUGUCAGAAAUGUUUCUUCUCUACAAGGAAAUGGAGGUGAAAUUUUUAUAUGGGAAGGGUAGCUCCCUUGGAGAAUUGCGGGGCAGCGGAGGGCGGGUUCGGGGAGCCGAGUGCAGCCCGAGGUGCAGCUUUCAGGCUGGGAGGAAGCAGCUGCUUCCGGCUCCUCGGGACACGAGACGGGGACAGCAUGUGCUCGGCGGGUGGGAGUGACGCUGCCCACCUGCGGGUGUCUCCUGGGGAACGGGGUAUGUGGGCUGUGUGGCAGUAUGGAGCCCAGAGCUGAUAGGAGGCUGUGCUGUCAGGCUGCAUUUGACCAUUUAUGGAGCCAGGCUGUGAGGAGGCCCUGAAUUAGAAAGGCAUCCAGACCCAGGCUGCAGCCUCAGGCCGGGCACUGUCCCCUGCAUGGCUCCGGCGUCCCAGCUUGGUGUUAUCAGCACACAGAGGUUGAGGCUAUGGCUCCGUCUGGGCUGUUAGCACAGAGAAAAAAUGCCCAAAUGACUUGGUAAAGGGCGGGCUUCCUGGCCCCAUGGCUGCGUGGGUGGGCUGGCUUCCUGUCUGCUGAGAUUUCUUUGAGGCAGCCCCAAGGUAGAGUCCACUCUGGGUCCCGGCCCUGCACUGGGCACUGUGCUGAGCACCUCUGUGGCUGCCAUCAUCUGAUUUUCACUCACAGGCAGACGCCAGGCUUCACUUUGAAGAUGGGGAAGCUGAGUCUCAGGGAAGUGGGCCUGUGCCAGGGUCUUAGCAGGACUUCUGGGGUUGCUAGGACCCCCACGGGGCUGGGCUGGGAGUCUUCAUGCCAGGCCCAAUCCCUUUCCCAUAGUCCCCCCUCCGGCACUACCCAACAUGUGGUCUUCAGUCAUCUCGCGCUGUCUCCACCCCUCCCUCCGCUUCUCUGCUGGAAUUGUCCCUGUCACCUUGCCCCAGAGCCGCCUUUGUUCUUACAGUCCCAGGUGGAGGGUACCUCGCAGCACACUCUGCAGCCUCCGGCUCUCCCUCCUGAGUCCACCUGCCCGGCCGAUUGGGCUGUGUGGUCACUGUCCUCAAGACCUUGUGUGCCAUGAGGGCUCAGAGCCCUGAGCCUCAGCACAGGAAGUGCCACCCAGGCAGCCAACACCUGCUCAGCGGGCGGACGGCCUUGCCGACUCGGCUUUGCUCCCGGGAGCCCCCUGGAGAAGCCACAGGGAGACGGACAGCCCUGGGCAGCUCCAGCUUGCCAGCUCCACAUCCAAGGUCGUCUUUGCGUGUCUGCACCUGUGUAACCGCCAUGCGUGUCAGUGAGUCCCUCCAAGAGCACGCCAGAACCACAGAGAACCCCUGGUCCCCCCCAGGGACUCCCCCGAGUCAUGACCCCCAGAGGUGACCUCUCCUGUGAUCCCUGACUUCCCAGCCUGUGGGGGUCUUGGGGACUGUGUUCUCCCUGCUGUUGGAGUACACAGGCCCUUUCUUUUCACGGCUGUGCAGGGACGGAGGGGGAGACACCAUGGGUUGUCCCUUCUGCCGAGGGACACUGGUGACUUCAGGUUGUCUUUCUGUGGCUUUCACGCUGGCUCUGGUGGGACCUGCGCUCAGCAGCAGACACUGGCCCUGGGGGUUGUGUGAAGCUUUGCUGCUAUUCCCCACAGGGUGGGGGGUGCCAGUUACCGUCCCCCGCAGCUGUGGGGACUCCCGAGACCCUUGUCGUCAGCCUUUGCCAUCUCAGCCCACCUGGCGGGGGCAGAAUAAUGUUUUGCAGGAAAGUUACAGACUUCCCGUCAGCUCAACUCUGCAGAAGAGGAGUUUGGUGGGAAGUUUUUCCAGAGUUUUCCCUCGGCCUGGGGCACAACAUCACUGAAAUGCCGGAGCAAUCAGGGGCCAGCCCUCAAAUGGAGGCCUCGCCUCCCCACUGAAAGGCCAGGCCCGUUCAGAGAAGACCCCGUGGACAUGAGGGGCGUGCAGGCUAGGCAGGGUGGGGCUGAGUGGCUGGGUGUCUGGCAGGGACUUUGGGAACAGAGGGUGGGUCCCUAGGGAAGGUGGCGGUCACCGUCAGCCUGGCGAGCAGUGGCCCCUGUGGAAAGGGGGCUUCGGACGUGCUCGGGAGAUGCAGAACCCCGUCUGUGGGAGAGCUCCUGAGAGUUAAGGGCCAGGCUCAGCUCCCAAGGCUGCCCUGACAGAGGCCACAGGCUGGGGAGCUAAGAUGCUGAGCCUCUCACGGCUCUAGAGACUGGAAUUGGGGAUCAGGGCAUCCUCAGGCCCCUGCCCACUCUGGAGGCCUGAGGAGAGGGUCCUCCCUGCCUCUUCCAGCUCCUGGUGGCCCCGGGCGUCCCUCUGCGUGCGGCUGUGUGGCUCCAGUCUCUGUCUCCAUUGAAACGUGGCUGUCCUCCCUGCGUCUGUGGGGCUGACUUCCCUCUUCUUACAAGGAUGCCGUCAUUGGAUGAGGGCCCACCAUACCCCAGUGUGAGCUCACCCUAACUUGAUUACAUCAGCAAAGACCCUAUUUCCAAAUAAGGUCACAUUCUGAGGUUCUGAGUUGACAUGAAUUUUUAGGGGGGCCUGCUCAGCCCAGGACAGUAUGUGGUUUAAGAAAGGGAUUUCCCCAGAAUGAUCUGCCUGCCGUCUGCAUCCAGCUGCAGACCCUGGUUCCUGCCGUCUGGUCAGGGCUGGCCCUGGAUGCAGCCAGGCAGUGAGCAGCCGACGGGUGCCUCAGUGUCCCAUGUGGCACAGCCACGCAGAGCGGGCGAGGGCCAGCCCCCAGGAGAGCCGCUUGUUCCUGCCCGCAGUGGGACAAACCUCGGCACCGAGUGUGUCCACAGAUGCCAACGCCCCUCAGACGGAUUAGCAGUCUGCAGGGUGCUUUCCCCUGGCUGGCUGGAGAAGCCCCAUGUGCCGAGCGUUGUCCGAGGUCCUCUGAGACUCCACGCCGCCUCGCUACGGUGCUGUGCCCUGACCCCAGUGUGGGAGGGACCAUCAGAGCACAUGUGCCUUCUACUUGGGCUGUGUGUAAGAGUCAGUGACAGAACCGUACGCAACGUGCAAGAGACAACUGCCGUCACUGCCACCUUGAAGGGCAGCCUGGACACAUACUGUCGAGGGACAAGGAACUGGCUGACAGCAGAAGGCUUCAUACCACAUGCUUCGGUCUGUAUACCGCCCAAAUCCAGCGAAGUGGCAUGCAACAUUGUCCAGGGGUUCACUGCACAUGGCAAAGAUGUCCUAGAGGGUAAGGGUGACAAAUGCCUGUGCAGGAGGGAGGUUGCCUUUGGGGACCCUGGGGGAAGCAGGAGGGAUGUGUUCCAGCUUUCCUGGGUGCCUGUCUGGCCUCUCUCCGCCCAGAGCCCGCCCCCAUGGCAGCAGACACUGGAUGGGGUCCCAGGCCAAGGAGCACUCCACUCAGUGGGGCGUGGGGGCUUCCCUCCUCUCAGGAGCUCACAGAGUGAGGGGGCCCAGGGACCAGCAUGCAGCUUUCACCCCCAGCCGCCAUCUGGGACCAGCACGAACUUUCAUCCCCAACCGCCGUCUCCGCUUCUGGCCCUGCUGGGACUUGGGGCUGCCUGCACAUUAAAUGGCCCAGGUCUGUGUCCUGGUAACUCAAGCCUGAGAGAGCUGCCACCCUUGUGGAUCAUGGCUGCAGGAAAUCAGGCUGUCCCCCAGGUCUAGAUGGGUCUGCCAAAAUGCCCCGAGAUGUGAGCAGGGCCGCGAGGUCAGCCCCGGGUGGCGCCACUCCUCCUGCUCGUGUGCAGAUCAAUCAGCCGCCCCCGCUGGAAGGGGACGCUGUCCCCGCUGGGGUCCGGAGCUCACUUCAGGCUCCCUCUCCAACAAACAGUGGCUCCCUGGAGACUCUAGAUGCCACACCCUUGCCCUCUGCUCCACUGCCAGUACCAUCUUUGCUCUCAAGGACUGUGGAAACCGGUGGAGAGGGGCACCCGGUCGAUGCCAGCUGGACUCCGUCCACCCCUCGAGAGCCAGGGCGUUGGGCUCACUGUCUUCCCCAGAGGAAGCCUCGCUGGGGCCACGGGAGGCUCGGGCCUCUGUUCCUCUGGCACAUUCUGGUGCGGUGGCGGGGGAGGCUCCUUAGGAGGAUGAGGGGACGGAGAAGGCCCCAGGGGUCUCCUGAAGGCAGCAGUGUUUGCUCUGCAGGGCCUGGAGGUUCAGGCAGGGAGGUGGCGGCGACCACAGGUGGACGCAGGUUAAAGGACAAGGAUUCUGAACAUGCCGGGGCUGGGUCCCGGCACCAUCAGAGCCAAGUCACAGGUUCCCUCGGGGAGGAGAGAGCUGUGAGGGUUUCGGGGCUGAGUCACUGGUGGGCUGGGGUGGAGGGGAGGAUAGGGCGACAGGUGAGGACACUUCAGGCCGGGCAGGCUUCCAGCGUGCGGAAGGGGCCGGUACGUCAUGUCAGCGGUAGGGUGGAGGCACUGGCUGCAUGGCUCCAGCAGGCAUCACCCUGGAAUGUGCCAGAAUAACAAGCAGAGGCGGCGUGGAGCAGGACAGAGGGCAGAAGUGCAGAGAUAGUAGUGUGUGAUCCUGGGUGGAGGCGCUGACGCCUGGCCGGCAGAGACGACACUUCUGGAGCCUCGCUGAGGCUGGAUCCCAGGGGCAAGGGGCGGGCCCACCACAGGGGGCCCCAGGUCACAACAAGGGGCAGCUCAG